CCACGUGCGGGUAACAGCGGCCACGUGGGGCUCUGCGGAAACGCCUUCGCAGAGAUUUGUCCCCUGCGCCGCCCAGUAGAAAGGAAAGCCGAAGACGACGGCCGGAGGAAACGCUCCAGGUCGCCAUGGAGUCCGUGCUGACCGCGGGCAUCGCGAUGGCGGAGGCGCUACAGAACCAGCUGCCCUGGCUGGAGAAAGUGUGGCUUUGGGUGACGUUUCUGGGCGACCCCAAGAGCCUCUUCCUCUUCUUCUUCCCCGCGGCCUACUACGCCUCUCGCCGCGUGGGCGUCGCCGUGCUCUGGAUCAGCCUCAUCACCGAGUGGCUCAACCUCGUCUGCAAGUGGUUCCUUUUUGGAGACAGGCCAUUUUGGUGGGUCCAUGAGUCUGGGUAUUACCGCCAGGCCCCAGCCCAGGUUCACCAGUUCCCCUCUUCUUGUGAAACUGGUCCAGGCAGCCCUUCUGGACACUGCAUGAUCACAGGAGCAGCCCUCUGGCCCAUAAUGACAGCCAUCUCUUCCCAGGUGGCCACUCGGGCCCACAGCCGCUGGGUGAAGGUGAUGCCGAGCCUGGCUUACUGCACCUUCCUACUGGCUAUCGGUCUGUCCCGAAUCUUCGUCUUAGCACAUUUCCCUCACCAGGUGUUGGCUGGCCUGAUAACUGGUGCGGUCCUGGGCUGGCUGAUGACCCCCCGGGUGCCCGCACAGCGGGAGCUAAGCUUCUACGGGUUGACUUCUCUGGGCCUCUUGCUGGGUGCCAGCCUCAUCUAUUGGAUCCUCUUUACACUGGGCCUGGAUCUUUCAUGGUCCAUCAGCCUAGCCUCCAAGUGGUGUGAGCGGCCUGAGUGGGUGCACAUGGACAGCCGGCCCUUUGCCUCUCUGAGCCGUGAUUCAGGGGCCGCCCUGGGUCUGGGCAUCGCUCUCCACUCUCCCUGCUAUGCCCCAGUGCGGCGAGCACACCUGGGAAACGGACAGAAGAUGGCCUGCCUUCUGUUGGCCAUGGGGCUGCUGGGACCCCUGAAUUGGCUGGGCUCCCCACCUCAGAUCAGCCUUUUCUACAUCUUCAAUUUCCUCAAAUACACCCUCUGGCCGUGCCUGGUCCUGGCCCUUGUGCCCUGGGUGGUGCUCACAUUCAGUGCCCAGGAAGCACCGCCCAUCCGCUCCUCCUGACUUCAGGUGCCUCCGUCAAAGCCAACACUCCGUGACCUCCUCACUCCAGGAGGCAGCCCCAUCCUCUUCCAGCCCCGCAAAGGCCCUGCCCAUUUGAAUUUCCCACUUCUCCCACCACCUGGCUUAGCGCCAAAGAAGGGCCUUCCCUUUCCCAGAAAGGCUAGCCCUCCUCCUGCCCUCCUUUCCAAGUCCCCAAAAAGCAAAGGCAAGAGCAAGACCAGUGGGUUCCUGCAACACUGUGAGGGGCUCAGAGUGGCCCCAAUAAAGCCCUUAAACACUU